AUGGAUAGGCAGACACUGUACUUCCCACCUCCAGGACUCAAGUCCCUCCUUCAGCGUGUAGACACUGUACUUUCAACCUCCAGGACUCAAGUUCCUCUUGCCGAGUUCCCUGAAUCACCCACCUGUGUACCGUCUCUCCCACAGUUCUGGUCGGUGUACGUACCAUGCGAGGCGCAGUACCUCAACACGGUACAGCUACUGUUGGAACAGAUCGACGUGGUGAAGCGGCUCAUCUCUGCUAGCCCAGGAGAUACCACCCUGGUGCACUCUUCAGCAGAUAUUGCUUACGUGUUAACUUUCCCAUCACAGUGCCAUUUUUCAGUUACUGACAAUGACUUGUGUUGUCUCCACAGGGCGGAGUGUUCUGAGCCUGGAUCCCACCCUCCCAACACCCGCGGCCUCACACCCUACGGCAAGGAGAUGAUCUGGGAGAUGAACAGAGUGGGGAUGCUUGUGGACCUGUCUCACGCCUCGAGCAAGACAGCGAGAGACGUACUGUCCACCUCUCGCGCCCCUGUCAUUUUCUCACACUCUGCCACUCGCGCCCUCUGUCACAUAGACAGGAACCUACCAGACGACAUUCUCAGUUCCCUGGCUCUCAAUGGAGGAUUAGUAAUGGUGAGCUUCUACACAGACUUCAUCAGUUGCAGUGAGACAGCCACCAUACAGGACGUUGUAGGUCACAUCAACCAGGUGCGUACCAUGGCAGGUGUCGACCACGUGGGUAUCGGCGCUGGCUUCGACGGCAUCAAUAAGACGCCUGAAGGACUGGAGGACGUGUCGAGGUAUCCUGAACUUUUCGCUGAGCUGCUGAAGGACCCGACCUGGUCCCUACAAGAUCUGAAGAAAUUGGCUGGACUCAACCUGCUGCGGGUCUUCAGGAGGGUCGAACAGGUGCGCGAGGAACUGGCUGGGGAGAAACCAUCUGAAGAAAUUAUACCCAUUCACGACAUUGAUGCUCGCUGGCCUUGUAGAUACAAAUUUGCCAGCCUUGACGAUGCCCGCACCUGACCUCCCACGCCCACGCCUGCGCCCACGCCCGCACCUACAUUCACUGCAUUUCCUACGCUCGCAUCUCGACGUCUGAUCUAAGGCGGCCAUACUUUUCUGGAGCUCAUAUGAAUCCUGAUCUGCGUUCUAAUAACGUGGUAAUACUGUCUGGACCUUGGCAGUGUAUGAACUGCAGGAAGUGGCGGUGUAUUGUAUGGGGAAGUGGCAGACACUGUCUGCGCUGGGGAGAAAUGGAAGACAAUGAGAAUUUUUUUCAUUUAUAUUUCACUACUUAAGGAUAAACCACAGUGUAUAUAUAUUUUUGACUUGUACACGAUUUUUUUUCUUCCUGGGAUACAACUAUGUUCAGUAGUGCCACAAUCACCUGAAUGACUACAAUAAUGACACAAUAGUGACAGAAUGAGGCAGUGGACACGUGCGACAUCUGGUUGUCCUUAUUCGGAGAUGUCUCGCCCACCAGUGGCUUUAUCAUCAGUUCCAUACUGAGAUGAUGUGUGUAGAGAGUGGAAGGUGAGGUAAUCAGUCCUAAUGCUUGGAAUCCUGUAUUGAACGCCUUAGCCUGGGCAUGAAGAUGGUCUCUCAUAUACUGGAGUCAAGCGAGGUGCAGUAGUUGGAGACACGUCACUGGUGGGCGGGGGUCUACCACUGGAAAGUAGCACAUACCAGUGAGUUGGGGGCCAGAGGUUAGCAAAUAAGUUGCAGGAAACAGUCUCUGUGGCAAGCCUGCAGAGAUGCUGUGGUGUCAGACAUCUCUGUUUUGAAGUGAUAUACUCACUGGUUAGAGGUGACUAACUCAUCACAACCACACCAUGUACAGACAAGUGCUACAGCCACACCAUGUACAGAAAAGCGCUACAGUCACACCAUGUACAGAAAAGCGCUACAGCCACACCAUGUACAGACAAGUGCUACAGCCACAUCAUGUACAGACAAGUGCUACAGCCACACCAUGUACAAAAAAGUGCUACAAUCACACCAUGUACAGACAAGUGCUAUAACCACACCAUGUGUAGACAAGUGCUACAGCCACACCAUGUGCAGACAAGUGCUACAGCCAUGCCAUGUACAGACAAGUGCUACAGCCACACCAUGUACAGACAAGUGCUAUAACCACACCAUGUACAGACAAGUGCUACAGCCACACCACGUACUGACAUGUGCUACAACCACACCUUGUACAGGCAAGUGCUACAGCCACACCAUGUGCAGACAAGUGCUACAACCACACCAUGUGCAGACAAAUGCUGCACAGAGGCCUCCCCCAUUCUCAUUUAUUUCUAGUUAGUGGGUAAGAUGUGCCUCUAGCUGGAGCGUUGACUCAACACCCCAGAGCAGCGCCACAGAAUAUCAUAACACCAUAGCACAUCACCAUAACACCGCAGCACAUCACCAUAACACCACAGCACAUCAUAACACCACAGCACAUAACCAUAACACCACAACACAUCACCAUAACACCACAGCACAUCACCAUAACACCACAGCACAUCACCAUGACACCACAGCACAUCACGAUAGCACCACUGCACAUCACCGCAACACCACAGCACAUCACCAUAACACCACAGAGCAUCACCAUAACACCACUGCACAUCACCAUAGCAGCACAUCACCAUAAAACCAAAGCACAUCACCAUAACACCACAGCACGUCACCAUAAAGCCACAGUACAUCACGAUAACACCACAGCACAUCAUAACACCACAGCACAUCACAUUAACACCACAGCACAUCACCAUAACACUACAGCACAUCAUAAACACCACAGCACAUCACCGUAACACAAUAGCACAUCACCAUAACACCACAGCACAUCACCAUAACACCACAGCACACCACCAUAACACCACAGCACAUCACCAUAACACCACAGCACAUCACCAUAACACAAUAGUGAAUCAUAACAUCACAGCAUAUCACCAUAACACCACCACAUAACCAUAACACCACAGCACAUCACCAUAACACCACAGCACAUCACCAUAACACCACAGCACAUCAUAACACCACAGCACAUCACCAAAACACCACAGUACAUCAGCAUAACACCACAGCACAUCACCAUAACACCGCAGCACAUCACGAUAGCACCAUUGCACAUCACCACAACACAGCACAUCACCAUAACACCACUGCACAUCACCAUAACACCACAACACAUCAUAAAACCAGAGCACACCACCAUAGCACCUCUCCACAUCACCAUAUUACCACAGCACAUCACCACAACGCAUCACCAUAACACCAUAACACAUCACCACAACACUACAGCACAUCCCACAAUACCACAACACAUUACCAUAACAGCACUGUACAUCACCACAACGCCAUUAGCGCAUCACCAUAACACCACAGCACAUCACCACAACACAGCACAUCAACACAACACCACAGCACAUCACCAUAACACCACUGCACAUCACAAUACUACAGCACAUCACAAUAACACCACUGCACAUCACAACACAUCACCAUAGCACCGCUGCACAUCACAACACCACUGUACAUCUCCAUAACACCACUACACAUCACAGUACUAUAGCACAUUACCAUAACACCAACGCACAUCACAAUACUACAGCACAUCACCAUAACACCACUGCAUCACUACAGCACAUCACAGUAGCAACCACAUCACCAUAACACCACAGCAUCACAGUAGCAAGCACAUCACCAUAACACCACUGCAUCACCACAGCACAUCACAGUAGCAACCACAUCCCAUAACACCACAGCAUCACAGUAGCAAGCACAUCACCAUAAACACCACUGCAUCACCACAGCACAUCACAGUACCAAGCACAUCACCAUAACGCCACUGCACAUCACAAAACUGCACAUCACAACAUCACUGUACAUCACCACAACAACACAGCACAUUACCACAGCAAUACAGCACAUCAUAAUACCACAGUACAUCACCAGAACACCACUGCACAUCACCACAACACUACAGCACAUCACCAUAACACCACACUACAUCACCAGAACACCACUGCACAUCACCACAACACUACAGCACAUCACCAUAACACCACACUACAUCACCAGAACACCGCUGCACAUCACCACAACACUACAGCACAUCACCAUAACACCACAGUACAUCACCAGAACACCGCUGCACAUCAUCACAACACUACAGCACAUCACCAUAACACCACACUACAUCACCAGAACACCGCUGCACAUCACCACAACACUACAGCACAUCACCAUAACACCACAGUACAUCACCAGAACACCGCUGCACAUCAUCACAACACAGUACAACACCAGAGAACAUCACAACACAUCAAAACACCACAGGACAUCACCACUGCACAUCACAACACCACGGCACAUCACCAUAACACCACAGCACAUCACCAAAAACACCACAGCACAUCACCAUAACACCACAGCACAUCACCACAACGCCACAACACAUCACCAUAACACCACAGCACAUCACCACAACGCCACAACACAUCACCAUAACACCACAGCACAUCACCACAACGCCACAAUACAUCACCAUAACACCACAGCACAUCAUCAUCAAGACUCACAAUGUAAGCACAUCACACAUCUCACAUCUCUGUCUGUUAACCACCGUUGUUUGUCUGUUAAUGUAUUUUA